CCCCUUCUUUUUUUUUUUUUUUUUUCUCAACCGACGAGCCAGUAAUUUUGUUUAAACAGAGAGAACUUUUUCUGUCAAAUUUCAGCGCUAUCAGUGCUAGCAGGUUUUCAAUUUUCUCUGAUGACAGUUCCUCCAGCUAUGCUUCUGUUUUUUUUUUUUUUUUUUUUUUUUUUUUUUUUUUUUUUUUUUUUUUUCUUCUUCUUUUGGCUUGUCGUUACUUGUUCUAUCUGACAUGCUUGUUAUAUACUUUCCAGGGUAAUAAAUAGACACGAUUCAAUUCUAACACUUCUUCCACCCUUUCUCCCCUUCUUGCUUUGUAAAGGAGAGAUCGCCAUCGUCACAGAGCCACCUGUGCAAGUGGGACUCACUCAUUCUCAAAGCCAACGCGGAAGGUUGCCCUUUUGUUCCACCUCCAAGGUCUCGUUGACACAAUGUCGCUCCUUAAUGUUCGUCUUGAACAUCGUCUCUUUAGGCACGCGUCGUUUGAAGUGAAUGUGUGGAUGCUUUCACGCCGAGAUGAGAUGUGUAUAUCGUCCGUUGCAGAUACACACUAAUAUAAUAUCCCCAUAAUCCCCUGGGCACCUUCGAGUGAUGGUCUUUUCUAUACCCUGAUAUUUCCGCUCCAGCAGUGUUAUACUGUAAAAUGGUAUGACUUUUCUGGCGAGGCUAAAUUCCUAGAUUAGGCAAAUACGUUAUCAACAUAUCAACGCUCAUCGACCGUGCUUUUAUCUCGUAGUAGUACGGCUUGGAAUGUACGAAUCAUCUGGGCAUGCAGUGCCACCGAUAAAAAGUCAGCUUCAUGUUGUUCUAUACCCCCUUCUUUAUCAUCAAAUGGGGUUUAGUUUUGUUAGAAAAUUGUUGCGGGGAGGGGGGAUUACAUGAGCUAGUUAGCUUUUCCUUCUACAAUGCGCAUCGUUCCCACCGGGAACAAUGCUGAUACCAUCACCUGUCUACACAGGCGAGGAUGAUCUCAGAGCCUUGUGGGCAACCGUGAACAAGCCUUGGAAACAGAUCAGGUGGCUCGCCACGAAAAGAUCUGGUAAACAUUUUGGUGUCGCCUCUCUACAGGUUGAAUGUCAUGUUAUCCUGGAGCAAUUUCGCACUGCUUGGAGUAGAUCGAGUUUUAUGGUCCAAAACCUAGAUUUGGCUCUACGGAAUCGAGACGUGUUUUCAUUUGCCUUUAUGAAAAUAGAGAGCACAGGACGGGGCGGGACAAGGUUGCCGUUGAGGCAAGCAAGCUGAAGUAAGCUAUGGAUUUGGAGAUAUUCCUAGUUGACAAAUAAUUUAAAUGUGGAGGGGGUCUUGACUUGUUUCCUUAUGGAUAUAUAUAUUAUGCGGUGGAUCCAUCCACAUUGCACCAGGUAAAGGACAUACAUGUAGAAUAGUGACCUCAAAUAUGAUAAGAAUACUAUACAUGUCUCCC